CCAUCACAGUGCAACAAAUACUUUAGCCACUUCUUUAAGUUGGUUUAUCAUCUCAGGUUUUGCGUGACAUCCAGGUACCAUACGUUUCAGUGCGGGUGCGCGCUCGUCUGCGCGCUCUCGCCACCUAUUGUGUUUUUGAUCACCAAGGAGCCCACCGUGGCCUUUACAGCCACUUCAACAACAACAGGCUGAAACCAUGUGCGACGAGCAAGAAAUCAUGUGCAAAUUAGAAAACAUUCUGGAAAUACGGAACAAGACCAUCCAGAUGCAGAAGAUCAAGUCUCGUCUGAAGAUUGAGUUUGAGGCUCUAGAAUCAGAAGAGAAGCAUCUUAAAGAGUACAAACAAGAGAUGGAUCUGCUUCUGCAGGAGAAGAUGGCACAUGUUGAAGAGCUGCGGCUCAUCCAUGCAGAUAUCAAUGUGAUGGAGAGCACCAUCAAGCAGUCAGAGAACGACCUGAACAAGCUACUAGAAACAACUCGCCGUCUACAUGAUGAAUACAAACCCCUAAAAGAGCAUGUGGAUGCUCUGAGAAUGACGUUAGGACUCCACAGGCUCCCCAACCUUAAUGAAGAGGAGGAGAAACUGUCCCUGGAUUACUUUGAGAAGCAAAAAGCAGAGUGGCAAAAGGAGCCCCAUGAGCCUGCCAUCCCAGAAUCCCUUGCUGCUGCAGCAGCAGCAGCACAGCAGCUUCAGGUCUCCAGGAAGCAGGAUGCCAGACAGACGGCCACGUUCAGACAGCAGCCUCCACCUAUGAAGGCCUGUUUGUCCUGCCACCAGCAAAUUCAUCGGAAUGCUCCCAUCUGUCCAUUGUGCAAGGCCAAGAGUCGCUCCCGCAACCCCAAGAAGCCCAAGAGAAAGCCAGAUGAGUAGAUCCUGCUCCUGCUUUAGGUUCAUCGGGACUAAAGGGAACUGGUCCAGUGCAGUGUUCAAAGAGCUGUGUACAUUUCUACAUGUGGCUGAAUUUGUUAAUGUUUCCUCUCUCGGUUUUCACUCCUACAUUGUUUUGUCUUUCUAUAUCAUCAGCCUUUCAUAGGACAGAAUCAUUUUUUACAACCUUAAAUCAUAUU